AUGCUCCACUCGACGACUGCUCUCCGCAACGUUGAAAUUCCCCGCUACCACCCGUACAGCACUCGCAACAGCUCGAACAAGAUGCUACCCAUUUCCAGCCCUCUCCCCUUCAUCACAGCCAUCACUAGGCACGAUUCUGAGAAGAAAGGACGCUCUAAGAAGGACCCUAGGCCUCAAUUACGAUACAGAGUCCUUAUUAAGACGUCUAGGACAGCCCAGGAGACGUCCAUGAGGCUCACAGAGGAGGAGAUGCGAUUCCUAGGGAACAGGAAGGAGAUGCUAGAGGGUUAUUGGAGGAAUCACAGCAUCUCUACUUCGUUCCUUCAGUCUCUGCUGGUUGCCAGAGGGCCUGAAGCGAACAAGGGAGCAUGGCAGCAGCUUCCAGGAAGCCAGGGAGACAUCCUAGAAUGGCUGGAAGCGAACCAGCUAGUUCACAGAUGGACUCCUGGCAUGAAAUGGAUAGAUGCGGCUCUCCUGAAGGCUAGGAACGACGAAAAUCCGGAAUCUCUUCAGCAAUCUCGUGCCCCUCCAAACGACCGUCCUGCUCAAUCAAACUUCGCACCGCUACCUCCAUUCGUUCAGGAGCUACAGCACGAUCUUCCUUUUAUUCGAAUGCGCUCUAUUUCGCCCGUCGCUGGUCCGAGCGGCGUCUACCAAGACAAUCCAGAACGCUUGCACGUUCACCAAGCUGCGUUCGAAGGAAAUUCGAGGCUAUCGCCAGCCGUUCCUGCGCAAUCAUCCAAUCUACCUUUCACUCGAAUUCGCUCUAUCUCGCCCAUCGCUGGUCCGAGCGGUACCAUUCAAGACGGUUUAGGGCUGUCGCACGACGACACGCUCACACUCGAAGGAAUUUUGGCGUUACCUCCAACGGCCAACCCAGCAGACAACAUCCUAAAUGACCUCUACCCUGCUACCUUCAGCCCCCUCAUGGACGAAUUUAGCCCUUCUCAAUUCGCCUAUUACUCGCCCUUCAUUAACGGCAGCCCGGAAAUUCAAGCGAGGGUCGACGAGGUACUCGGAAACAUGCCGGAAGACACUUUCGAUAGGGCUGCAGCGCGUAGGGUUCGCGAGAUAUGCCCCAUUCGAUUUUACAGGGAUUUAUCCCCUAUGUUGACUGUCAAAUUGUAG